AUGGCUCUUGUCGACGAGAUUGCAAAUCUCAUGGAGAAGGCACGCUCGACCAACGCCUCUCUGGAUGAUACCACUCGGAUCAGCGCCUUGGAAGCUGCUCAAGCUCUCGUGCAAGCAUUCAUAUCUCCUCGCGAGGCUGUGAUUUAUGAUGUGUCCUAUCGUCCUUUAGUGCCCAUGUGUAUCCGUAUGGGCGUCCAGCUCGGGGUUUUCCAGACCAUUUGUAGCAGCCCUGAUGGCGGGGCCACCACAAAGGAUAUUGCAGACAAAUCUGGCGCGAGUUUGGAUGUUGUCGACCAGAUAAUGAGGCUACUCGCCGCGACAGGCUAUGUCGUUGAAGCUGGGAGGCAGCUCUUCAAGCCCUCCCCGCUUACUAUGACCAUGGCCGAUCCUGCCAUGGAAGCAACGACCAGAAUUUGCGCCGAAACGAACAAUGCCAGCACCAGAUGUGCCCCGGAGUACUUCCGCCGCAAUGGCAACCAAUUUCCGCCAUCUUUCGAGGACACCCCUUUUCAGCUGGGUGCCAACACCAAACUAAGCUUCUUCGACUGGCUGCGUGAGAAUCCGUCACUGGCUAAAGACUUUCAGCAGUUCAUGGCAUUCAGACAGGCCAUGUCUCCGAACUGGGUGGACUGGUUUGAUGUUGAAGGGGCUAUACUUGAUGGGUACGGCAAAGGUCAGCCAGACGACACCCUGAUAGUUGACAUUGGGGGUGGCGAGGGCCAACAGCUCCGCCCCUUCAACCGCAAAUUCCCACCAUCUGCCAUUCCUGGUCGCCGUAUCGUCCAAGAUCGGCCCAACGUCAUCGCGAAUAUUAUCCAGCCUGCAUCCGAAACAGGAAUCGAGCCAAUGGCCUACGACUUCUUCACCCCGCAACCCGUAAAGGGCGCUCGAGUCUACUACAUGCACUGGAUCAUCCAUGACUGGCCGGAUGAGCAAGCACGCGCUAUCCUAACGAACAUUGCAGAGGCCAUGGAACCGGGCUACUCGCGCCUGAUUAUCAAUGACCGGAUCGUCCCAGAUAAGGGCUGUGACUUUAUGACGGCUGCUGUUGGAGUCGUGAUGAUGAUUCAGUGUGCGGCUGUUGAGAGGACGGAGAGGCAGUGGAGAGACUUGCUUUCUUCAAUUUCGGGCUUCAAGGACUUCGAGUUCCAUCACCCGCCUGCAGGUACGGAGGGGAUCAUUGUUGUUACGACAUAA